GCAGAUAGUUUAAAGAAAAACACAGACAACGUAAGUCCAUGCUCAACAGUAGGGACUAGCGAAGAGGUAUCAGCCACAACCACCGUCAGCCUCUGCCUUUCUACUGAAAACUGAACCUUAAAAUCUCUCCCCCUCUCACCCUCUAUGGACGACUCCACCGCGCUGAAACCAGUGCCGCUGCCUCUGCGAUCGUCGGCUCUACGGCUCGGGAACUCGAUCGCCACGCCAGUGCAGCUUCCCGUAAAGCUCUCUCUCCCCAACAGCACCGCGAAGCCGCUUCACUGCUCCAACAGCUUCCCGUACCAAAACGGCAUCGCGCCGGUGCUGAACUUCGAGCUUUUGUCCUCCCUCAAGUCUUCUCAAGCCUACACCUCCUUGAAAGAUCUGCUUCCAUCCUCCAGCGCCGCCGUCGGGUCUCCUACCGUGGCUUCUGCCGCCAACUCCAGCUACGAGGUCUCAAUCCGCAACCGCCUCGUGAAGCAGGCCGCCUGGGCCUACCUCCAGCCCAUGUCCUCCUCCCCGGGCUCCUCCGGCUCACACUUCCUAAGCCGCCUCUGCCUUAGACUCUCCUCCUGCCUCACCGACUGCCUCGACUUCAUCAAGAGCCAUCUCGUUCCCGCCGCAACCCGACUUCUCGAUCAGAUACUCCGCGCCUUUGGCCUCCGGAACAGCAGAUAGCAGAGGCCACGUUAACGGCAAUCGCGCGUCUUCACGGCGACCCACCGAUACCAAUGACUUGUAUGUGUGUGAAUGUUGAUUUGACAGAAUAGUUUCUUCUCUUUAAUUUCCUGUGAAUUUGGUAUCAUUUUUACACAAUUUUCAACGAGAACCCCACAAGAACGGGGAUACGUAUAUAUAUCACUGGAGAAGAAGAAUGAAAUGAAUAUUCAACUUCUCCGAAAAGAAUUAA